GAUUUUAGGGGCCUAACGAGUGGUCGAAUGGGGACUGGAAGAUGCCGCCAUUUCUGAGCGGGCGUUUCUGGCGCGCGGUGUUCACGCGGACCCGCGGCGAAAGGCUCUGGGCAGGGCACCGCCGGGCCUCGGGCGGUCCGGGUUGCAGGUGGGACGCUCUCGCCGGAGCGGACGUGCUGCGAGCCGAGCCGGACAGAUUCGGGGGCAUCUCGGUGCCUCUGGAGCGGUUUCGCGCACUGGACCGCCUGGACGCCGCCUCUUUCCAGAAGGUCUUGCAGGCUGCAAUACAGCAAUGGAGGUCAGAAGGUAGGAUAGCGGUAUGGCUGCACAUUCCCAUCCUCCAAAGCCAAUUUAUUGCCCCUGCUGCUUCCCUGGGUUUCUGCUUUCACCAUGCAGAGUCGGAUUCAUCCACACUGACACUGUGGCUGGGAGAAGGACCCAGCAGAUUACCAGGAUAUGCGACACAUCAAGUAGGAGUUGCAGGAGCUGUAUUUGAUGAAAAUACUAGAAAAAUAUUAGUUGUACAAGAUCGAAAUAAAUUGAAAAAUAUGUGGAAGUUCCCAGGAGGCCUGUCAGAGCCUGGAGAAGAUAUCGGAGACACAGCAGUUCGAGAAGUUUUUGAAGAGACUGGUAUAAAAUCAGAAUUCAGGUCCCUUCUGAGCAUUCGGCAACAGCACACCAAUCCCGGAGCUUUUGGGAAGUCAGAUAUGUAUAUCAUCUGUCGCUUAAAGCCAUAUUCAUUCACCAUAAAUUUUUGCCAGCGUGAAUGCUUAAGGUGUGAGUGGAUGGAUCUCCAUGACCUGGUCAAGACUGAAAACACAACUCCCAUCACCAGCAGAGUUGCUAGACUGCUCCUCUACGGGUACAGAGAAGGGUUUGACAAGAUUGAUUUCACCGUGGAAGAACUUCCAGCAGUUUACACAGGCUUGUUCUAUAAACUGUAUCAUAAGGAACUGCCAGAGAAUUAUAGAACUAUGAUAGGAAUGGAUUAAAUCCAUAUUUGUGUUUUUAAAAAUGUUAAGUAAAUGGUACGUGUAGGAUAAUGUGUACCAUAUUAUAUGAAGUGGUGGACAUUUGGGGUUAACUAAUAUCUGACUUUAAUUUUCCAAUUUUGUAUAAUUUCCAUGAAGAAAAUUUGUUUUUAAAAGCCUCUUUCCAAAUGAAGCAAAUGUAUGACAAAGAGUGUAGCUCUAAAUAAGCUUCACUGGAUAAAGGGAAAUGCUAUAUAAAAGGUGGAAGUCUGUACUUUUUCUAGGAACUUUUAUUGCUUUUCUUUACUAAGGCAAUGGUUAAAUAUUUAGUAUUAGAUAAAAGGUUAUCUGACCAUUUAUCCAAACUGAGCAGCUAGCUGUACAUUUUUUUCUUUCACUAACAAAUUUCUAAAACAUCUUCUUUCAUAUGAAAUGAGAUCAGAUGCUGCUAUUAAGAUCAGCUCUUAGCAGACAUUGGAAGAAAAAGUAUAGCUUUCUGCCCAGGUCCUGUUUUGGGUCCAAGUUUAUACUGCCCAGUUCGUUUCAGUGCCACAUACCAGCUGGAGUAUUUCCUUGACCGAUAAGUAUUGUAGUUAUUAGAUUCCAAUCGUUCAAAAAAGAAACACUCGUCCGUAACACAUUUCUGAAAAACAAAGGAAGAAUGAGUAGUUGUUAUUAUGCUUUCACAUGAAACACUUAUGAGAGUGCACUGCCCCUUCUGCUCAACCAGCAGCAGUGCUCUUGGCUUCAGAACAAACUAGUUUGCAAGACUCAACGGGCCAAAGUCUGACAGAAUCUAGCUCUGCAGAGGGAUACAGGACAAGAACUCAGCACAUCAGCAGGAGAGCUUUCAGGCACAUCUCUUCAGAGGAGGAAUUCAAGGACCAUUCUCCAGACCUACAAUGGACAGGUUGGGUAUCAGGCAGCGAGAGCACACAGAUGCUGUCAGAACCACACUGCCUCAGACUUAAGCCAUCCCAUGAACAUAGCUUUCACGAAGGGGGAUAUACCCAGUAACAAAGAAAACACUUCACUUAGUGAAACCCAAAGCUGUGGCUUCCAGUUAGGUAUGUAUGGCACAUCCAUACUCCUCCCAGUCCAGAGGCUGGUGACUAAUCAGGGGUCGUUUUUACUUAUACCAGGGUUCCCCUGAAACUGCUGGAAGGGUAACCCAGAGAUACCUUCGUAAAGAAGAAGGCUUUGUUAAUUAAUACUUUACUCACAGAAACAGUAUCAAUUCUUAAGUUACAGCAAUUUUUUUCUAGUGGCUAACAUUUCUAAGGCAUAAAAAGAAUAGUUUAUUAUAUAGAAUAUAGCUAAUGUAUAUAUAACGCCAAAAAAUUGUAUUAGAACAUUAACAUAUGAUUAUUCCCAAAACACUAACAGAGAAUGAAGAAUAAGUAACAUAGACCAUAUUUAUUUCUGGCAGUGUCUUUCUUGUGGGAGGGGAAACUACUCUCCGUUUUUAUUUCGAUUGAACUCUUUAGGGGGGGAGUGGGAAAAGCUAGCUUUACAAAUAGACCUGGAAAUACUUUCCAAGUAAUUAAGUCUAAUAGGCUGCUACAUUAUUUCAAGUAAAUGUUCAAAAAUCAAUUUCACAGGGUAAACUGAUGAUAGUUCUUGACCUCUGGAGUGUGUGUUUGAGGGGGUUUCAACAAAUGAUUUACUUUAAAGAAAAAUCAUUUACUACUUAUAUUACAAUUAGGAAGAAAGAAUUAUACCCAUAUGGAAACCCAUAAAAAUUUAUACAUAUUUGUAUUUCCACAUACAAAUACAACAUGUACAUGUAUGACAUAAACCUAAAGCUUCGUAUUAAUGAGUGUACCAGAUCCCAGCUUAUUUCUGUAUACUCAAAUCUAGGAAACUUCAGGUUUACAAAAACUACACAGUCAAAAGACUUGAAUCCUUUCCCAGAUUCUUUAGUUCUAAGAUAAACAGUGGCACAAACUGUGAGAAAAACAUAAAUCAAGCAGAACAAUGAAAAGAGCUGGCAUAACAACCAAAAUGAAAAUGAUCUACAUGUAACUGGCGUUUCCGUCAUCUAAAGUUUCCGUCAUCCGUGGUACUAGAUCUUAUAAUCUGCUUCUAGAGAUAAGAAUUUUACUGGAUAUUUACUUGGCCUUAAUGUUUUGACCAUUGUUAACUCUUCAGAAUGGAAAUACACAAAAUCUGAUUUGCCCAUUUUUUGUAACAAAUUACUACAAAAGCAACUGAAGUCUUUCUUAUGCAAAUAAGUGACAGGUAGCAUUACAGAGAAGCAUUCAUUGCACAAGGACCCAGCUAUGUGAUACACAGGACUGUCCUAUGCAUAAAGAUUACACCUAGGAUAAUAUUGAUAUUCUAUAUAGCUAGUACUUUAACUCUUCCUUUGAAGUUGAUUAUGCUUUUUGUGUUAACUGAAGUCAACCUGUGUUACUUUGUCAUUUUCCAGUGCCACUGAUAAAAAUCUUCCUCUUUCCCUAUUCUAGGUUUAGGAUCAGGAGUAGAAGCAAAUAGGGGAUCCUGGGCAUUUCAGUCGGUUAAGCAUCUGACUCUUGAUUUCAGCUCAGGUCAUGAUCUCAC